UUUCAGAAAACGAAAUCAUUCAAUAAUGAACAAACCAAUGCGGUGUCGGUUUUGCUGUAAAUCCAAAGCCAUCGCGUUGUGUUCCCUAUCGGAGACUUUAAACGAUGGCAAAUCAAUCGCUCAAACCAUUGAGGACUGCUAUCGACUCUCGAUUUCGAAAAACGACCUGUCCAGUUUAUGUUGUGAAGACUGUAGACAGGACCUGAUCGCUGCAAUGAAGCUGUUGACAAGAAUCUAUGAGUCUGAUAUUCGAUUGAAGUCGGUUGAACCAAUACUGAAAGGUGAAAUGCACAAAUCUUUUGACGAUCGAAAUCACCUCAUAUCGUCCAUAUUUAUUGCUGAAUCGGAAAUUAAGCUCGAGCCAGAAGAAACGCUCGCUGAAUUGAAUGACACAACGGAUUGCUUACCUCCUGAACCAAUCGUCAAACGGGGACGAGGAAGACCAAAAAAGGUCAAGGUAGAAGAGAAUCCGCCUGCGGAAACAACAAUCCCAGAUGAAUCUACGAAAGAAUCAUCUAACUCGGUCAAGAAGCAGAAACGACGAAUGAGUACUUAUUCAAUACGGUCGGACGAUGAAGUGUCCGAUUUUUCUGCGGAAUCAGAGGACUCCGAUUUUGAGCGUGAUGGUGAGCAUGUGGACAAUGAUUCUGAUGAACCAAGAGGGAGCAAACGAACCAUAUUUGGGGUCAAGCCGGACUCUAAACCAAGGAGAUGUUGCAGCUGUAAGGACUUUCCACUGGAUUCGAUGGAAAAAGUGAAGGAACAUUCGAAAAAGCAUCAUGUUAGACAAGUUAAUGCUCAAGAGGAGAUUGACAAACCUUUUGAAUGUACGGUUUGUUUCGCGAGAUUCGAAACUAAGAAGCAGUUCCGGCAGCACGAACGAAAAAUGUACAUCGAAGUGUUGCAUUCGUGUAAACACUGCGAUGAGCAGUUUGCCAAUCCUUACGUUUUGCAGAGGCAUCUGAAGAAUGACCACCAACGACGACUAAAGAUUCACCAGAUGGAGGAUAUGUGCAUGCAAAGUAACAUUUGCUGUGGCUGUCGGAAGCAGUUCGAAUCUCAGGAACAACUAAAGGAACACUCCUUGCAGGUUCACUUGCCCCAACGGGAACCUUCUCAAAGUGAGACCGCCGUGGAAUGUGACACCUGUUACAAGAGUUACAAAUCGGUCAGAUAUCUGAAGGAGCAUCGGUUUCGCUUUUGGAAGGAGAAGAAAUUUGUCUGCUCGCAGUGUGGUCGUGGAUUUCGCGAGCGAGCGCAACUGGAAGAUCACGAGGACUCCCACCGGAACGUACGCAAGUACGAGUGUCCAGUUUGUCAUGCCAAGUUUUCGAUGAAGGCUUCCUGGCAAGUUCACGUACGAUACCACGAUGCCGAGGAAAGCUUCCAUUGCGAGUACUGCGGAAAGGGAUUCCGGAAAAAAGGACUGUUCAAGGUACACAUGCGGGUUCAUUCCGAAGAUCGUCCCCACAAAUGUCCGAUGUGUCCGCUUUCGUUCACGCAGAAGAACCGUUUCGACGCCCACGUGCUCGAGCACACCGGUAUGAAAGCCUUCAAGUGCCAACAGUGUCCCGCUUCGUACAUUCAUCAGCGAGCUCUGCGACGGCACGUGCGUGAAAAGCACGAAGGAGUCUUCAGCUUCAAGUGCACAAUCUGUCCGAAGGGAUUCGUCGAGUUGAAGCCGCUUCUGGUGCAUUUGAAGACCCACGAAAAGAGUGAUGAGGCAACGUUUUCGAAGGCAUAGACAAUACAA